UAGAGCUUCAUUUUUAACCAGAUUUUGUAGCACUUUUAACUCUGUCAUUAUGGAAAAAGUGUACUUCAGGAAUGCAAGUGAUAGCAAAGAGCUCGAUAUUGUGUUUCGCUUUGCAAAUACUAAUUUAAAAAUCGACCGGGAAUUUAAUUUCCGUCGGCAAAUGAACGAGCCCAUUGACGCUAUAUUGGCGCGUAUUCAAAGCAAUAUUCAAAACAGACUGGCGAAGACCUUCAAAAAAUCCGGUAAACCGCCUGCUGAGAUAAAUGUUAAACUUUUUGGCGGCUCUUACGAUGGAAAUUUUAAAGAAAUGACAUUUGCCGAGCUGUUCAGUAAAGAUUUUUCCGGAAUUAAGCUGCAGGUGGUGGAUACAGUCUACGAAAUGGUUUUCAAUCCCCCUUGGAUUUCAUCCCUUAAACUGCCUUCCUGCAUUUUAGCAGGAUUCGUGAUAUACCCGACUAACGUUCAAAUUCAAUUUGGAGAACGUCAGUUCAGCAAAGGAGUUUGGUAUAAAGCUAAGAAACCAACCGAUUUAGAUUGGGAAAUCUGCGGAGAAGGAUUUCAAUACCUAGUCAAGCCAGAAGAUGUGGGUUACUACCUAAAAUUUAUAUUAACUCCUCGGAAUAAACAGGGAAUAGAUGGUCCUGUGAUGGAAAAGGUAUCAAACUCUGCCGUUCAGGAUGCCCCAGGUCUAUGUCCCUUUCAAAAUCGACACCACUACACUCCGGAUUAUUUGAGUGACUCCAACGAAAUUCGUGUUGUGACCUACAAUCUAUUGGCCGAUUUAUAUGCGAGCAGUGAUUACGCUGGAUCAACUCUAUUCUCAUAUUGUCCAUCAAAAUUUCUACAAAUAGACUAUAGAAAACCACUAUUUAUCAAUGAAAUUAUUGGUUAUAACUCGGAUCUUAUCUGCCUGCAAGAAGUCGAUCAACGGAUUUUUGAUUUCGAUUUAAAGGAAAUACUAGAACAACCUCCUUAUAAUUUCCAAGGCCUUAUGGCCCCGAAAGGAAAGUGUGCGGAAGGAGUUGCAGUUUUCUUUCGGAAAUCGCGCUUCGAAUUGCUGGACUCUCAAGUUCUGCAUUUAGGAUCUAAUAUCCCAGUACUGCCCGUAUUCGAAAGCCUUUGGAAUAAAAUCAAAGUUAAUACUCAAUUGGCAGAACGAAUUUGUGAUCGGUCCACAACUCUACAAACUUGCUUGCUCAGGAUUAAAGGAACGGAUAACUACGUUCUUGUGGCUAACACGCAUUUAUACUUUCAUCCAGAUGCCGAUCACAUUCGACUGCUGCAAAUGGGAUUUUCUAUACUUUUUGUUGAGCACAUCAUAAGUAAAGCUGUUAAAGAUUUUAAUAUCGGUAGCGCUCAGAAUAUUGGUUUGAUAUUUUGUGGCGAUUUUAAUAGCGUUCCCGAAUGUGGAAUUUACAAGUUGAUGACGGAGCAACUUGCUGCAGAAAGUCUGGAAGAUUGGCGUAGUAAUUCCGAAGAGGCUGUUUCGAACGUAGAGCUCUCACAGCCCUUUAAAAUGACCUCGGCUUGUGGGGCACCAGAGUUUACGCACUAUACCACACUUUUUUCGGGAUGUUUGGACUAUAUAUUUUACCAAAGCGAUCGUUUUGAGUUAUUGAAGUAUGUUCCAUUACCAACAGAGGAGGAGUUAAAGGCCAAUGCCGCCAUACCAUCGGCUGUUUUUCCAUCAGAUCAUGUUGCUCUUGUAGCCGAUCUUAGGUUUAAAUCAGUUACAGAGUAAAUUACUUAAAUAGAUUUGAGGCUUUAAUAUUUAUUUAUGUGGUUUAAAUAACUCGGGGAUUUCGCAACUUAAAUAUUUAAAGAAUAUUUUAUAUAUAAAGACAUAAAUUUGUAUGCCAUAUUUAAAUGAAAUCGU